AAGAAAAGAUUUACUUCUCCAGGCUGUGCCAAGCCUCUGGAUUGCAAAAAGCACUCUAACAACCCGAGCGAUCGCUCCGUUUCCUAGCCCAGCCCAUUGGCCAGAAAGGAUCUCCCAAUGGCGGAGAAGCGAACCCUUGAAUCCGUGAGCACCAUGAGUUACAGCAAGCUUCCUCGACUGGAAGGGGAGCCAACCCACAUCCUCCCGGUGGGUUUGUGCCGGUCGAGUAGGCUGCCGGACCUCCCCACAGAAGACCACUACAGUUACAAAGGCUCCUAUUUUACUUUCCCAUUCCCGUGUCAUGAAGCGCCCAAAACUUUAACUCACUGGUCAGCGGCCGAGAACUACAACCAUUGCCCGGCUGGUGCGCCUGACCGCUCUCCGAGGACAGAGAAAACAACCUGCCAGUCUGAAAUGGAAAGUUUGAAAGCUCGCCAGAGACUUGCGGGCUCUCAGAAGGUCAAUGAAUGUACCACCCGAGAACAGUGGGCCAGCUACGUGGGUCAUGCGGGCGUCAUCCAGCAAGGUUGGCUGCAGGGAUACCCAACCCAACAGCUCCCUCCAGCUCCUGCAGCUUGCUCCACCUUGGCGGCCCCCAAACCGGUUUACCAAAGCCACGCAUACGGGGCGGAAUCGGGCUACGCUCCCAAAAGGGCUUUGGCCUUCCGAAUGCAGAUGGAGAACUACUCAAAACGUUUGGAAUGGUCUUCCCCGUCCUCUGUUUUGCCCACGGGUGCCGAGAGUCGGGGUUACGGCACAGCCGGGUCCAAGAAGACCUCGGUGGCCGAGAACAGCGUGGUGCAGUUCCGACACGGGUCCAAAGAGGGCGAUGUCCACUCGUCUGGCUUCAUGCCUUACCAUAAGGCAUUGGAGAAAUGCCAGGGGGCACAGAAUGGCUCUUCCAGCUACUCCUCUGUCAGCCAUAAAAGCAACUCCGAGUCCCCAGCAGGUAGCAAUUCGAGAAAACACAUGUGGUCCAGGCUACCGCCGUCACCUCUUCCUCCUCCUCCUCCUCCUUCCAGCUUGCUGCUGAAUUCCCAGGAUCUGGCGUACCAGGAGCGAUCACCUUCAUGCUACCCUCUAGGAUCGUACCCUCUCACUUCUCACGAACAGAUGUUGUUGUAUCAUCAGAGCUACGUGCAAGCCGAAAAAACAAACUCGGUCUUUGCUUUGGCGGCCUGUAAAGGUUUUGGGUCUCCUCCAGGCCAUGAAGAUGGUCAGGUGUUCCCCAGGUCAUAUUUUCAACAAACCUCUCACAGCUAUUAUCCCGGGCAUCUGGAGAGCUACUUUUACCAGGCCAUGGGCCCACCUCCGUUGACCCCCUCUGAAGAGCUUCACCCUUCAAGGGAACACGAGCAUUCACACAAUGCGACGGCCAAGGGGGACUUCACCCCCAAGACUCCUGCUCCUGCCUGUGCUGUGCCUGAAAAGCCUGCUUCAGCUUCUAGUCCUUGGCGCAGCCGAGGUGGCCUUCCAGACUGGUGUGAGAGUAGCCGUGUUGCCAGAGAAGCCAGCGCAAACUCUUCCACUCUGCAAGCUUUCCCUUCCAUUCAUCAAGUAGACCGGCUGUCUCAUUGUUACAACAGGGUUGAAAAGAUGGAGGAAAGUGGUUGCAAGAAGGAUCUUUGCCCACCAGAAAAGGUGACCGAGAAGGAGGAGGAAUCUUCUGAGAUGCACAAAAACUUGUCCUUAACUUAUGAAUCUAGGAAGAGAAGCAUCGACGCACACAAUAAUGAACCGGGAGGUUGCAUAAUUGUUCCUGAUAGCCCGGUUAUCUCCCACAAUCCCUACUCCAAACCAGUCCUGCCCAAAAAUGUUCUGAAGGCUCCUGACAUCCAAUCUACAUCUCAUGGACAUUGGUCCCCGGAGGGUCAACCGGAGGGGCUCCACAAACAGCGUGAAGGUCCCUCAACGUCUUCCCCUCCCAUGCCUGUUAUCAACAACGUCUUCAGUUUAGCUCCAUACCGAGCCUACUUAGAAGGUUCUGCUGAUUUGGUGGAACUGGACGCCACUAAACGUUGUCAGGCCGAGGAGUUGCCUCCCAAAAGUGGAGGCAAGAGUGUGGACAACGGAUGCGUGCCUUGGACAGGCUCUCAAAGAACAACCAAAGAAUCGAGGCUGAAUCUACCUAGGGAGGAAGGAACCACUCACAAUACAAGAAUGAAAAGUGGAGAUGCUGGCUUGAAUAAAAAUAACCUCCCAAUAGGACAAGCGGGUGGAGAUUAUGCUGGCUCUUGGGAAAGCUACAAGGUCCAGCUUCUGAAUCCAACCGAUCUUGUAUCUUGCCAACCAUCCCCUGACAAUCUUUCCGAUGGUAGAGUUGAGAGGCUUUCUCAAGAAGACCGUGUCUUGGAUCUCAGCUUUAAAACGGAAGACUUGGCAGAGAGACCUGAUCUUCUGCAACCGGGCAAGAAAGCUAAGGCUCCAGAUGUUGGAGGUCCAAAGAUCCAAGGUGAAGAAGUCGAGGAGAAAGCAGCCGACAGCCAGGGUUCUGUCUCCCAGGCAAACGGAGAGACCUUGGUGCUGCCCAUCAACGGUGACGCUAGAGGUAGCCGACAUUUCCACAGCUCCGCGGCAUUUCUGUUCAAGAAAUUCAAAGUCCUAAAAGCACAUGCAGCAGAAGCUGCCUCUGGGGUCAAGGAUGCCUCUCUCCCAAAAGGUACUGACUCACAAGUAACUCAGCCAAACAGCCCCUUGCUUGGUCUCAACCUUCCCCAGACUGCGACGCCAUCCGAAACUCUGAUCUUGCAGAUCAAGUGCUUGAAUGCUACACUGCCCGAUGCGUCUACGCUCUUGCUUCCCAGUGGCCCUCCUGGAUCUCCUGCCCUUCGAGAGACCCAGGUUCUGGAUCCUGCCACUGAAAAACUUCUUGGUCAAAAGAAGCCACCCAGGCAAUAUUUCACCGCGUUGCACUCCUGUGUCUGCACCAUAAUAUCUGGUUCGGUGUCUACCUCCUCCCCUGAUCAGCUCAAGGAAUGGCUGGAGAUGUCCGAGUCCACAGUGGGGCUGCAGGAGAAGACGGUCAGUUCCACCAAGCCCAAAAAUGGUUUAAAGGUCUCUGAAGGCCCCAAGCUCUCCAAGGGCAAAGAGAUCUGGUUGGCCUUUAAGGAUGUAGAGGUGCUUGUCAAGAAGUUGCAGUCACAACUGGAGAUAUUCCUGCUCUAUAAUAAAUGUCCUUUUCCUCACGUGAUGCGAGCUGGCGCCACCUUCAUCCCUAUUCAUGUGGUGAAGGAGGAACUCUUCCCCAAUCUUCCUGGUGUGUCGGUUGACCAUGUCUUGCAGGACCACAAGGUGGAACUGCGUCCUACCACCUUGUCUGAAGAGAAGGCGUUGAGGGACUUGGACCUCAAGAGCUGUACUUCUCGGAUGUUGAAGCUGCUGGCUUUGAAACAGCUGCCGGACAUUUACCUGGACCUCUUGACCCUUCAUUGGCAUGAGUGUGUCAAGCAGCAGCUUGAGGAUCCUGCGAAGUUGAUCCCAAACAGUGAUGUUGAGGCGUUAGGAACAGAUGCAACUACCGAGUCUCUUGACCAGAACUUCCCAGAGAAGAAUACCAAAGGCAAGACAUGUGGAUUGGCAGCCUCUUUGGGGACUACGUCCUUGCAUUAUGAGACUCUCCAACCAGAAGAUAAAGAGACCCUGGCCAGAUGUUCCUCACCUUCUCUACAACGUGGUUGUGUGCUAACGGGGAUGAAGGUGCUUCCUAAGGAAGAUGCGGCCUUGGAGACUGAGGGAUCCGCUCUUUGUCCUGGUGCUAGGAGGCCAUCCCAUAAACAGCCAAGGACUCUCAAGCUUAAAUUGACGGCGAAGGUCGCUAGCAGGACCACCAGGGCUUCCGAGAUCCUUCACCUCCGAAAAUCCAUGGUUCACAUCCAAUUCCAGAACGCUCUUCAGGACAUUCAAGGACCUCAGAUACUUGGUCCUUCAGGGAAGGGGAAGAAAGUCCCACCACCGCUGCUCCUAAAGCGUUUCAAGCGCCGGAGACACAGUCGUGCCAAGGUUUCUUCCUUGCCCUCUGAGUAUCCAGAACUUGUUGGGAAGAGGAUCAGGCACUUGUAUGAGGAGAAGGACAAGACAGAGGCCUGGUAUCAAGGCGUGGUGCUUCGCAUUCACAAACCCCACAAGAACCCUUUGAAGACAGUUUAUGAGGUGAAAUAUGACAGCGAGCCAGAGUGGCAAUAUUACCUCGAGAUUCUGCAGGAUUAUAAGAAAGGUUGGGUGGAGCUGGAAGAAUGAGUAAAUGUGUGUGUGUGUUUGUGUGUUUGUGUGUGUGUGUGUCAAAUUGAGAGGGAAAGAGGGGGAGAUUUUAUUCACCCAACUGUCUGUCGGAUUGGAACACAGCUGAAAGUGUCAACAGGCUUCAAGAUUAAAAUGGCCUCCCUACAUCUGACACAACUUCAUCCUGACACACGUUGGCUUACUUACCCCACACCAGCUGAGGCCUGCAGCGCCAAUCAGCUGAGGGGAUAAAGAAGAGAGAAGCGCAGGGGCCGGUGGGAGAGCUUUUCUCUUCUUUAUCCCCUCAGCUGAUGAUCGGCUUUUUUCCCCUCCUCUCAGCUGAUCGGCGGCGGCUUUUUUUUACUACCGGUUCAGCCGAACCAAUCUGAACCGGUAGCAUACCACCACUGCUCCAUACCUCAGGGCCCCAUAACACUUCCAGAAACCACGCCUGGAGUAGCUUUCAGGGUUUUGAACAAUGCUUUGAACCACCGCUGGGUUUACAAAAUGUCUUCCUAUUGUCUGAAACCAGAAGUGAAAUACGAAUCUCACUGGUACCCUUUACAGAUCUUCUCCAUGGGUGGGACAGACUCUCAGGACAUCCCAAGACAUUGUCCAAUUCCCAGAGUGUCUUUAGAAUGAUGCUUGUCCGAGGGAAUUAUGGGAAAGCCAUGAUUUACGUUGCUAAGUAAGGCGGUUGUUUAAUCGAGUUGGGUCUGAUUUUUACCACCUUUUUGCCCUGGUUGUUAAGUGAACCACUGCAAUUUGUUAAGCUUCCCCGAUUGAGAAGGUCGGGUUCAUUUACCGACUGUAUGAUUCGCUUAAGAAAUACAGCGCUUUGCUUAAACUGAGGGGAAAAAAAUGUCAUUUAACAACCAUCUUGCUUAGUGACAGAAAUUCUGGUCCCAGUUGUGAUAGUAACUCAAGGACAACCAAAAUAAAUUCCACUUGAGGAAGUCCCGUAACCCACUUGAUGAGAUACAGUUCAAAGAAAACUACACCUGUAGUUAUAUAUAAAAAAAGGAGCUGUAUUUUAAAAAAGUGACAUGACCAGGUUCAUACACUUUCAAACCAUGAAACAAAACCACACCCCGUGUGUUUCAGUUUUCAUUUUUGGAGGGCCGUGCUGUUUUCCCCAACCCUGAGGGGCAUAAAUAUGGCACAUUUUAGAAAUGUGAUUUAUGUUGCCUUUAUAAGGAAUUGCUGCUGGUUUCAAGGGUGUUUUGACUUUCAGUUAAUUUUUUUAUAGGCUUCUUGUUGGACACUUUUGUCCAUGACCUUUGUAAAUGUAAUUUUCAAUACCGGAUAGCAGAUAUUUCAGUUUAAAUGACUUUUCUUUUUUUGAAGCUCCAAGAGCUUACUGUGUCUUUAAAAAAAAAAAAAAAAAAAGAGGGAAGGAUAAAACACAGAUAGGUCAAAUCUCCUUUGCAGCCCCUCAGGUCAAGGUAAUUUUUUUUUUAAAAGUUCAUUUCUGAGAAAUGGAGCUUGGAGAAUCAAAAAUGAAGAAGAGCGAAGAAGAAGAAGAAGAAGAGGAAGAAAAAAAAAAGAAAUAUUUCUAAAAGCUCCCUCAGGUUUGUUUGUAAAAAUGAGCUGGGGACAAUUUUGGAAGAUGUUCUUCUCCUGUUUGUACCAUGUUGUGAGGGCACUUGCCCAACGUGUCCAUUCCACCAAUUCUGGCCAAAUUGAUAAAUCGGUGCUAAGUUACCAACCGAAGAAGGCCUCGUUCAUAUCUUGAAUGUACAGCUGGUGCAGUUUGGAUGUUUUUCUGCUCCGAGGAUGUUGUGUGUUUCCACCUUGUUUCAAAAUUGUGUGUCUCUCUGUUGAGCAGGCAAGUUCAGAUGGGGGUGGGGUGAGGUGAGGGGACCCACCGGUCCUUCCUUGCCUCGCCCCUUCCUUCCAGACGAGAAAGCAAAAUUAAGACAAAAUUGUACCGUGCUGCCAUAGAGAAACGAAUGCAUCAUACUGUAAAUGUUGUACAUAAACCGGGAGCCUAUAUAUUGGCUUUUGUAUUUAAUUAUUUCCCCUCACCCCACCUUUCGGUCAGGAUGCAGUUUUUAAGAGGUGCUUCAUUAAAAUUAAAACCACUGUUUUGGAA